UAGAUAGAAGUUUUUUUUUUUUCUUUUAAAGUUUUUCCUGAUCCAGAUUCCAUAAAAAAUACCGUUAAAAAUUAAACACUUCUUAGUGCGUAUAUGAAUAUAACUAUUAAUUUUUUAUUCCAUGGAGACUGAAUAAUAUUUAAAGUUGAAAAUUUUGAGAAAAAAAUUUUUUCGCUUAAGAUAUGUCUUUUUCGACUUGGUUUAUAUCGUGUUUUCUUCUCUUCUUUUAUACUAAAGCAUUUGGAGAUGUGAAUGAUGAUAUUCGUAAAGUCGGCAUUCCUUACAUUCAAUUUGUAAGAGCACCUAUUAUUCAAAAUUUGAUUGAAUUUAUUAAAAAUGUUGAUCCCAAAAUAUCUUCGAAUAUAAUUCCUGCGGAUGCUGCGUUUGUUCAAACUAUUGCAUCAGUUGAAGAUUCUUUACUACAAUUAGCUAAAUUUUUUGAAAAUCAAACGGCGUUUCCAGAUAUAUCUGAUAUAUCAACAUAUAAUGGCGGACUGGGUUUCGAAUUCAGCAAGAUUACUUGCAAAAAUAGUUACAGUCUUAAAUUUCCUCGAAAAAGAAAUAGUGACUUGGAUCCACCUUGGCAGUUUUACGGAGAUACAGUGUAUGCAAAAGUUUCAUGUCAAACAUCAAAAAAUAACGAAAACCAACACAGAAAAAAAAGAGAUUUGAAUAUCUUUGUCAAUGAAAAAAGCAAAAAAAAGAGGCUAAAGAGAGAUAUAAAUCCAAAAGACUGUGGCAAUGAUAAUCUUUUUAAUAGUAAAAAUGGAAGUAUACGCUUUCCAUUUGAGGGAGCUAGUUAUCCAAUAAAUGUGGAGUGUCAUUGGACAAUAAAUUUAGAACAUAAUGCAGUGGAAAUUAAAAUUGAUGAUUUGGACAUGGAAUCUUCUAAAUAUUGUCAUUAUGACUAUGUUGCAUUUUAUUAUGAUGAUACCUACCAGAAAGAAAUAAGCAGAUAUUGUUCAAAUCAAACUGUCUUCUUAUUAGAAAACUCAGGUGUAGUGUAUAUAAAAGUAGUGUCAGAUGCUUCAAUAACUAAAAAAGGUUUUAAUUUAACUUGGAGCAGUAAAGAAGCAGAAAUAUUUGAUCCUUUCUUUUUCAUAUCCACGACUGUUGUUGAUCAAGUUGGAGAUUUAAACAUUGAUCAAUAUCAAUUUGAUCAACUGGUUGGUAGUACAUUUGAGGCAACAGUAGGUUUCAUGGCUAUCGAUGAUUUUACACUCAAAAUAAAUAAUCCAACCACUUGCCCCUUAGAAAGUUCAGAUCCAUCGUGCUAUUUUGAGGUAAAACCAUAUAUCAUUAGCAAAAUCAUCUCAACACGCAUAUUUCCUAUUGAUUAUCUUGCUGGUCCUGUAGAAGUUGUGUUUGACCAUGUGAUAGAUGUAACACUAUAUAAUGAUCUUGUGUACAGUGCACCAAAAUAUUGCCUUGUUUGGGAAUCAAAUAUUAUAAAUACACCUUUUGGAUCUUGGACAAGGAAAAAUGCACACAUUAUUAGCACAAAUAUAGAGAAAACUAUAUGCAGCUUUGAUAAACCUGGAAUAUUUGUUGUUGCUGCUGCAGUUCCACCUCCAGUUAUCCCUGAUGCUUUUGAUUUGACGAGAAGCUGGUAUUUUGCUCUGGUAUUUGCAAUUGUGUGGCUUUUUAUUACAUUUGUAAAACUUGCUACAAGUUAUAUGAACAUACCUGAAUGGCUAAAUAUGAACCAGAUUUUGGCAUUAGGAGUUUUUUGUGGAAUUUUAAUUUCAGGAAUGAAAAUGGAAUUACAAAAAACAUCUUGCGCAGUAUUUGGAUUUUUACUGUAUUAUUUUGGAGUGGCUUUUUUUAUGUGGCACCUGCUAAAAGUGGCACAGUUUACUGGUGCUUUUGAUAAAUUCUUCAGAAAAGAAAGAAAUUUGUAUGCCUUUUACAUAAUGCUUGGAUGGUGUGUUCCUGCUUUUAUUUCAGGAAUGGGAGGUGGUGCAGUAUUUCACGAAAGAGAAAAAUCACAGAGUUGUUGGAUGUCAAUUAAAGGUGGCAGUGUAAUUGGCUAUGCCACUCCUACAUACUUUAUCAUUUUGCUUACAUGUUUCUUGUAUUACAAAGGUUUAAAGAGGACACCAUUUCGUAUGGAGAUAUACAAUUACCCUAAACUUGUAAAACGAGCUAUUCGAGACAUAAUUGUGUUAGUUCUUUCAAUAUUAGCCUGGGUGACUGGCAUGUUUUGUUUUAUUAAUAACAAUAACUUUCUUCCACAGUUUUUGUUUUGCAUUUUUUUAUGCAGUUUGGUUGUCAUUAUAUCACUGUAUUCAAAACAACAAAGGAAAACUUUUGAAAAAGUAGACGACAAUCAAGAUGCAUACAGUGCUUUUGAACAACAUAACAUGAUGUUAGAAAAGCAGAAAAAGGAAAAAGAACUGGAUCUGCAAAAUAAACUUCUUUUAGCUAAAAAAUAUGCAGACAAAUGGCGCUAUCAGAUACCACGAGAAAAACUUGUAAUUAUAAUUCGAAUCAAUGGUUUGGAACUAGCUAGUGUAUCUUUCAAAAAUGGUAUACCUUCUAUGAGCCUAAACGAAAGAGAAGGCAAAAAGAAAGAUGCUAGUAAUGAUUACCUAAAAAUCAAUGAGGCAGACGAUGAAAAUAUGUAUAAAAUUGAAACUUUGAAUGAAAGUGAAGAUAAUGAAGAGGAAGAAAAAAGCUGGAAUAAUGAAGACAAUGACCUUGACUACAUUGAUAAUGAUGAUGACCACGAUAUUUAUGACGUUGACCACAAUGAUAAAAUUAAAUUUGAUCGUGACAACGAUGACGAAAACGAUCGGGAUAUUGACGAUGAACGCGACAUUGACGACGAUCGCGAUAUUGAUGAUGAUCGCGAUAUUGACGACGACCAAGAUGUUGAUGAUGAACAAGAUGUUGAUGAUGAUGAAAAUAAUGAAAAAGAUAAUGGCGAUAAUGAUAAUGAUGAUCAUGAUGAUGGCAAUGAUAGUAAUAAUGAUGACGAUGAUGAUAAUGAUAUCGAUGAUGAUGGUGAUGAUAAUGAUGAUGAUGAUCAUAAUGAUAAUGAUGAUGAUGCUAAUGACAAUGAUAAAAUUGAGAAUGCCGAAAAUGAAAAUGAAGAUUUUAUUCAUAGUUUAAACAUCGAAACGGAGAGAUCGAGUUUCGACAUGUAUGAACGAUCGAGUUCAAAAAGUAAAUUGGCAAAUUAUCCUGAUCUUGUAUAAAAUUUAUUCAAAUAAGUUAUACGUUUAAUUUUUUUA